CAGGUAUCAACUAAAUAUGGGCAAUAUAUUAGUGUGUUUCUAUCCACUUUUUCGUCAAUAAUGCCCAUAAAAAUACUAAAUUGCAACAAUACACAAUGAAAGCAAUACACAGAAACACAUAACCCAAUAACAAAAUAGCACCAUACGCGACGUUGCCGUCAUUUCCAACUUCAUGGCUUGUUAAGUAUAGGAGGCUGUGUGUGAUGUGAUAAAUUUUAAUUUUGACAACAAUCGUCUCUCUUUUGUUUACAAAAUAUACUUGAUCCAAGGCAGCAUCAGCAUAAUUUCAUAACAAAAAAAAUCGACUUCAGUUGCCUGUUGUUGUUGUCGAUGAAGGUUUUUCUGUUUUUCCUACACGUGAAAAGUCAAGGCUGAGCCCUGUCCUCACUUAUCAUGAUGAAUCUAGCCGAACGAAUGCGUAAUUAUGUUGCUAGUUUUUUUCUGACACCCGAAAAUGGGAAGAAAAUCCAUAAAGUUACCUUUAUGGACUUGUACCUGGAGAAAGCUCUACAGAUAUUGUACUGGCAAUCCACUGAGAUGACCCUGAGGGUAUUUUUCUCCCUAAAUACCCUCUUUUGGAUCAUACUCAUGCUCAACAUAAGAUUUUAUGGUGCCAUUUCCUUACUAACUCUUAUUUUCUUCGUUUUUGAUUCUUGCUAUAGAAACACCUUAUUUACUGAAUAUACAGGGGAAUAUUCUGGUGUUAUAAGGGAUAUAAAUUGCGCUAUAAAUAAAGGAGUUGAGAUUUUAUACAGCUUGAGAAGGGAAAGUCCUAUUGUGUUUUAUCCUGCAAUAUGUUCAUUCUUUAUGACUCUGCAUAUGCUAUCAAAUAAUGUCCCAGGGGAGUUUCUAUUUUACAUGAUGUUACUAACUGUGUUUUUCUUACCCCUUGGCUUUCAGUUACUUCCUGAACCAAUCACUUUGCAAAUUAAGCAAGUUUUUAAUGCAAUUAGCACACCCAAGUGUAAUCUAGCUGAAUAUGAACUAAUACCAUUUAUUCAAGACAAGGAUUUAACCAGGAGGGAUGCUGAUUUGGAAAGUCUGUUGACAGACAGAACUGCAGAUUCUGUCACUAACAGCUUAGCCAGUGGUUUAUCAACAAUGCCCUCUUACCUCGAAAUUUCAGGUGGUUCACUUGAAAUCGAAGAAGAAGACUUAAUACCACACACGACAAAAUCCGCUGUCUCGUUUACACCAGGAGAAGUUUCUAGUGAUUCGGAUUCAGAUAAUCGUGAAAUUAAAUUUGAUUCUGAUCAUUUCAAUACGAGUUCUUCUGAGGAAGAUCGUUACGCAAUAGGUCUGACCUCUCCUAAAGCUAGCCAAGCAACUCCAAAAGACGACCAGUUGAGUUUGGGUAUGAUCCAAAGCAUGGUUAAUAUAGUUAGUAAUCGUAUUGUUUCAAAUAUGUUCCAAUCAUCCUUGCUUAGAAAAUCACCUCCUAAGAAAACAACACUUAGUGUUAGCGAUAGCGACAGUGAUUUUGAAAUGGUCGACCCUGAUGAAAUUGCUGACGAGUUUGAAAAGGAUGAUUAAAAAUGCCUUUUGUUAAAUUAUGUUCUUUUCAGCCAAGUUUGAAGGAUUUUUUAUUUGCUGAUUUUAAUUAUUAUUUUUAGGGCACCCGAAGUUCUAUUAAUAUACUAGUUUUUAAUUUCACAAUGCAGAGGAGGCGGAAAUAGGUGACGAUAAUUUAUAUAAACAAAUCUUUUUAGUAGUGCUGAAUAGCUAUAAUUAAUCAGCUAGACUUCGCCUUUUGAGAAUUGUUUGUUUGUGUGCAAUCCAUUUGUAACGGAAUGGAAUCAACAUUUUUUUUGGUGUUUGAGGAUUAUUGAACAAUCAUUAAUUGAUAUUGAUACCUUCUGUUAUUAUGUUACAGGGUGUCCUAUUUUCAAUUAUUCAACUACGGCUUUACCAUUCUUAUCCCAGAAACAGAAUAUUAUUGUUUGAAUUUAUUAAAUCUGUAGAGCUCUGCUGCCCCAGGUCGGGUUGAGUUCUUCUACACUAUUUUGCAGUUGCUAAGGAUCAUAAUAAUUGAAAGUUUAGGACAAUCUUGGUUCAGUGUAAAGCUUCCUCAUGACCUACCUACAAGCUUGAUUUGGAAUACCUCUGGUACUCUAUAACCGAGAUUUACUGUUUUGUUUUAUAUUGUUUUAUCUGGACAUGUGUAUAUAUUUUAUAUUCAUAUCAUGUCCAUUAUUUAUAAAGUUUAUUUUAUCAUUGUUUGCCUCAACUACCAGUAUGCCAUUGUUCAUAAUAUCUUUAUUUUAUUUACUUGCGAUAUGGCAAGACUAGUCAUCAUAAUAGUAAUGUAAUAACUAAUAACAUAAUGAUAGGUUUUUGGCAUGGAUAUUUUUAGGUUGUUAAGUUUUGCUGUGUUUUUUUGGUUUGUUUAUUCAACCAAUAUUUAUUCCUUUUUUUUCGGUAGGUAGAUAUUAGGCUAGACUACUUAACUUACAAAUAUUAUAGGUUAGAAACUUUUUAGUGAGAGAAACUAUUGGCAAUUUUCAAUCAAUAAUGGUUACCCGAGUGGUUACCGUUAUCUUAAUAACAUUAGAUAACACAGUUAGAAAAAUAAGUGUUUUAAGGCCCUUAAUGUUUGUCCCUUUUUUUACGGCUAUUUUUAUUACUGGUGUGAAUACGAAGUACCUGCGACAGUUUUUUUUUUAGUAUAACUGUUGUAUGCAAUGCCUAUUCAUGUUUGACUGUUAGAACUUCUUUUUUUUAAAUAUUCGAUUGACGAUUAAUUUCACAUUUCGACGAAUGAUCCUUGACUUCGCGUGUGAGUAGACGAGGUGAAUUCGAUCGGAAACGCUAUAAGUAGAAGAAACCAAAGUAAACUGCUACCCUAAUGAAAUUAACAAUUAAAUGACGUUCACUUCAAACUGCGAAAAGAAAAAUCACAAACCAGUCAGAGCGAAUUUAAUUGUUUGAAAAUAAUUAGAAUGCUGUUGAUUGGCGAUUUACACCAAUCAAAAACGCUCUGACUGGUUUGUGAUUUCUGUGAGAAUAGACCUAUCAACGCCAAGCGGUAUGUCUUUUAUGUCAAGUGGUAUUUUUAUUUGAUUUAACAGUUAUUUGUCAUUUUUCUUUUAAGGUAUUUAGUUUGCUUCGAAGAGUAUUUUUUCUGUACAGGCAUAGCUUCUAUAUAUGUAAUAAUUAUAUCACAAGACAGAUACUUUUAAUAAAAAUAAGAAAACAAACCGAGUUGAAUUCUUGCACAUGCCGACUUCUAGGCAUUAUCUGAAAUAGUGUUUCUCGUAAAUACUGCACAAAACGUGAUGCGGUAACGUUAUUAAUCACGCAUAGGUAUAAUGUCAAAAUAACGUAGGAAACUCUUAAGCAUAUUUUCUUAAUUCGAGAGGCUCCAAAUAGUGUGUUGUAGUAUUUAUUUUUAUAGUAUGAUUAUACCCAUAGACUUUAUAGGUUUUUAUGGCUGUUACUUUAUUUCUGACAUUUUUUGCAUUAGUAAUAGAUAUUAUUUCAAGACACAAUUCAAUUAGGAUAUUUGAAAGUCUGAAUUCUGAUAAUGGUAAUGAGUGCUAAACAGUGUCGACCAAUCUUAUCACUAUUUUAAAAUAUUGGUGAUGUGAACAUUACAUUUUCUUCUGAAAUCAUACUACAUUUAUACAUUUAUGUAUAUAUACAUACUAGCAAUUGGUGGUUUAUUUAAGGUACUUUUUCAAUGUUAGAUACUUUUUUGUUUCCUUUCAACAUUUGUAAUGGACUUCCAUCAAGUAUUGGCUAAAUCAAUCUUUUUGAAAAAUUAAUUCACCUAAUUAGGCUUUUUACCUUUUUUUUCCAGGAUAUUGUAAAAAAUUAUUUAAAAUAAGAUAUAUACAAAAUUAUUUAAAAUAAUGUAUAUUGUGUGUAAUAAGCAACAUUUUUUAAUAAUAAUUUAAAUAAACAUUCAUAAACAA